AUGACCGUCGGUUCUAUCGCCUUCUCCGCUCCGGAGGGAAGCUACUUCUUCGUCAUGGAUCUCAACGUUCAACGCGGUGGGAGUGCUGGUGGGAAUGGCGGUGGCACUGGUGGGAGCAGUAGCGGUGAAGCCCACCACUCGAAAUCAUUCAACAGUUCUGUCUCCAACAUAUCUGCCUCUUCCUCCAACUCCAACAUAACCCCCAUGGCCAACAACUCGCUCAAUCAACCCAAUCUCAACGGAAACCAGACCGGAACGAGCUCGAAUACGUCCAACGCACCCGCAGCCAUCGCUAUUACUACCAAUUCUGCACCUCAGAUUCCGAUCGUCCAGGUCCCUGCUGUACCCGGCAUCCCUGCCAAUGCUGAUGUCUCUCAGAACCUUGUAGCCCCACCACUCUAUCCUUGCUCACUGGCAACCGUCAUCAUCAACUUCCCACCGGUGCCCCCACCCAAUCCAUUCCCUCAUCCCGGCUUCCUCACCGCCGCUACAAAGUAUGCUCGAUCGAAAGACACCGCUACCGAUCCGUUGGCUAAUGAGUCACACCCUAACGAGCAAACCGACUCGAAUGCCUCCUCCACCGACGACCCAUCAACCUCCUCAAGUAACACAUACCCUUCUUCUUCCUCAAACAAUCAAGCCGGUGGAUCGUCCGAAAAGACUUCACUACCUCCAAACAGUCGCUCAGUUGCAUCCCCCAUCAAGAAUCGUGCCCUGAAUUUCUCCUCUACUUUAUCCUCACUAUCGAACGCGUCAAGGAAUGGGACACAUUCCUUAAGCUCAUACGCUACCAAUUCGCAAUCUAAUCUCAACCCACUUUCAUCACGUCCUCGCGCUGCAUUCAAAGGCUCUACCUCGACCUUCAUCAAAUCUUCCGAAGGUUUACCCUUGCCACAAUCAGUCAUCAAGACCUUCUACGGCUCAUCCUCUGAAUCUUCCUCCUCAACAGGUCGCGAUGAAGGAGAAGAACGUACUUUUGCCUUCUACACCUGGAACAAAUCCGUCAUCUUUGCUCAGCUCUCACCCUCUCGUCCGGCAGGCGAGACCUUAUUCCGCCUCAGUUUUGCUGCCAAUCCGACUCACGUCAGCGUCAAUCAUCACACGGUCUCGGCGACCUCUUUGGAUGUCGUCAUCGGCUUCUCCACCGGUGACCUGAUCUACUUCGAUCCGUUCUGUGCACGAUAUACCAGGCUGAAUAAGGGUGGAUGUAUCUCAGGCUCGGCGGUGAGUAAGAUCGAAUGGCUAGCACCGACGGUCACUCGCCGGGAUGGUCACUUCGUCUCCUCUCACGUCGACGGAACGUUGAUCUGCUGGGAUAAAGAACGCGAAGAUUGGAACGGAUUUGUCGUCGACCCCUGGCCCAAAACCCAGCAAAUCCAUUCUACCCCUCAUCCCUCAGCUCCCCAUCUUCCCUCAUCCCCUCUCAAUCGUAAGAAACUCAAUAACCAUCCGCCCCGUCCUCAUGCCGAUCCUAGAGACCAUGAUAUCCUCAUCAGCGGCCUCAACCACAACUUGCCCAUCGAGAAACGUAACCGAUUAAAUCCAGUCUCUCAUUGGAAAGUUAGUCGGAAAGCCAUUACAGAUUUUGCGUAUUCGCCUGAUUCUAAAUUCUGUGCAAUCGUUAGUGAAGAUGGUUGCUUGAGGAUCAUAGAUACUUAUUCAGAAAAGUUGCUGGAUACUUAUUUGAGUUAUUUCGGGGCUCUACUAUGUGUUUGUUGGUCUUCGGAUGGUAGAUUUGUCUUUACGGGUGGACAAGAUGAUCUGGUGACUGCUUAUUCGCCGAUCGAACAGAGAGUGAUCGCACGCUGCCAAGGACAUGGUUCAUUUGUUACCGGAUUAUCUUUCGAUCCUUGGUUUAGUGAUGAUCGCUCUUGUCGAUUUGCUUCAGUCUCUGAAGAUUGUAAAUUGAUUUUUUGGGAUUUAUCAGGAGCAUCGUUAGCAAAACCACGUUUACAACAGAUCAAUAGCCAAAGUAACCACGCUACCAGUCGACGUCAAUCACUAGUUUCGAACGGCUCCUCGCCGGUCCACCCCCAUCAGAGCCAACAUAACAACCAUACGAGUAGUAGUGUGGGCAGUUCGGGGAAGAACCACAAGCGGGGGAAAGUCGGCUUGGUCGAUAGCUCAAUCACCCUCCCUGCUCCUGCCAUCUCCGACCAACCUCGACAUCGUCUUCAUCUUGAUCAACAGUCUAAUACGUUUGGGGUUCCGUUGUAUAACAGGGAUUUCCAUUCUGCUCCUGGUAGGAAUGAGGUGGCUAUCUUACAACCCGUCAUGGUUAAAGAGAUCGGCAUCGAUCCAUUGAGUUCGAUAAAUUAUCAUAGAGAUUUGGUUGUAGUUGCUUCACGGACCGGGCAGAUCAAUGUGUUUGGAAGACCCACACCACCUCCUGCUCCUCCAUCACUCCAUAACAACAGUGAUUCUACUCAUUAA